UUGCAUGACGCACAUUUUUGUAAAGGGCAAUCUUGUUUAAAAUUGAUGGAAGAGACUUUUUUUUUUAUUUCUAACCCAAACGUUGGUGUUUUUAGACACUGUGAUUGAAAGUGAAGGAAGUGUGGGAGUGGUUGUCUGUUAGGAAUCUCUCUCUCUCUCUCUCUCUCUCUCUCUCUCUUUUCUUUGACCAAUUGGUGAAAUAGCCCAGGCAGGAAUGACAUUCCGCUAUAAAUUCAUUGUUCAGCCUCUUCUCAUCUUCAGAUUACACUCUCAAUUCUCCGCGUUCGCACUGGGGCACUUCGAUUGGGGAUAAAAACAAACGCCAAGGACAGCUGUGUGAGCCGGCGUGUUAGUAGAGGGCUGGGAACAGACGCAGCACUUGACUUGAUGCUUUGAUUCUUUUUGCACGAGACCACAGAGACAGAGAAAGAGAGAACAGGACUUGUUUCUUGCUGCCGCUGUUUAGUGGAAACUUUGUGUUUUGUUGGAAAAAGUUCACUGCAGUUUUUUCGUCUUUUUAUACUUUUCUGGGGGAAUCUAAGCCGUAAAAGGCAAUCUGCAAUGAGUCUUGGUCCUUUUUAAGUUAUUGAUUUUAUAUUGAAAACUUUUUUGUGUGCUCAGACUAUAAUUAUUUUUAUGUUUUUGGCUAAAGACAAAAACAUGGUGCUAUUGAAAUUGCUUUUGCUGUGCACUUUGGAGUUACACCUGGGCACGUCUCUUCCUAACACCAAUCUCACUCCUGGCACUGCCUUACCACCAGCUGCCAGUAGGCUGCUGACACUUCGUGGGACACACUAUCCCAGAAGCAAAAAUGGGAUCGUUCAAAACAUUGACCAGAUCUACUCGGGUGAUGGCAAGAUUGGUUACAUCCUCUAUGCAGAUGGUAAGAAAUUCAUUUUGGAUAUGGAAAGGGACGAGUCCAUUCUUUCUCACCACUUCAGCACCAAGUAUGUAGGAGCGCUCCAAGGGGAUGCGCACCUGGGGUCCCUGCACAAGGAGUGCUUCUACCGGGGCACUGUAGACUCCAACCCUGAAUCUCUGGCUUUGUUCAACCUAUGCGGGGGGUUAGAGGGCUUUUUUGCGGUGAAGCAUGCCCGCUAUACGAUAAAGCCACUGGUCAGGGCUAAGGGACGAGAGAAUGAGGUGUAUGGUGCAGAAGGGGAUUUGGACCAGGGUUUGCAUUACUACACUCGGGAGAGGUUUAGCUUCGAGGCUGUGCCCAUGCGAGAGAGCUGCGGGACUCAGGGUGGCAAGGGAAAACGACGAAGUGUGGUGACGAAAAUCACGGGUCCCUCCAAUAAGGACAGCCAGGAGAGGUGGUGGUGGGGCUCCAGGGAGGCUAAUUCUGCCUCAGGGAGACGAACCCGUCGGUCUGUUUCAAGAGCGAGGCAUGUGGAACUCCUGCUGGUGGCCGACGAGUCCAUGUCCAAGAAGUAUGGCAAGGACCUGCAACACUACCUCCUAACACUGGCUUCCAUUGCCUCCAGGCUCUAUGGGCACGCCAGCAUAGAGAACCCUAUCCAGCUGGCAGUGGUGAAAGUGGUGGUUGUCACCGAUAAGGAAAAGGGUCUGGAGAUCAGCAAGAACGCAGCUUCCACCCUCAAGAGCUUUUGCAAGUGGCAAAACCAGCAGAACCAACUGGAUGACGACCACGAAGAGCACUAUGAUGCUGCCAUUCUGUUCACCAGGCAGGACCUGUGCGGACACCACUCCUGUGACACGCUGGGCAUGGCAGACGUGGGGACCAUCUGCUCCCCCGAGAGGAGCUGUGCUGUCAUCGAGGACGACGGCCUGCACGCUGCCUUUACCGUGGCACACGAGAUUGGUCACCUCCUGGGGCUUUCCCACGACGACUCCAAGUACUGCGAGGAGAACUUUGGAGCCAUGGAGGACAAGCGUCUCAUGUCAUCCAUCCUGACCAGCAUUGACGCCUCCAAACCCUGGAGCAAGUGCACCUCCAGCACCAUCACAGACUUUUUUGACGACGGGCACGGCGAGUGUCUACUGGAUUCCCCACGACGCCCUCUACUGGGCCCGGAGGAGCUGCCUGGUCAGAGUUAUGAUGCAAUCCGGCAGUGCAAGCUGGCAUUCGGACCCGAGUACACGGUGUGCCCUGGCAUGGACGUGUGUGCACGGCUGUGGUGUGCGGUGAUUCGGCAGGGACAGAUGGUCUGCCUCACCAAGAAGCUGCCCGGUGUGGAGGGGACGCCCUGUGGCAAGGGACGCAUCUGUCUCCAUGGCAAGUGCGUGGACAAGACCAGGAAAAAGUACUACUCUGCCUCGAACCAUGGUAGCUGGAGUUCCUGGGGGUCGUGGGCUCAGUGUUCUCGAACCUGUGGAGGGGGUGUGCAGUUUGCUCGGCGGCAAUGCAACAACCCAGCCCCACGCAACAACGGCAGAUUCUGCACUGGUAAACGAGCCAUCUACCGCUCCUGCAAUGAAGGGCCCUGUCCCGCAAACAGUAAGAGUUUCCGGCUGGAGCAGUGUGAGGCGCGGAACGGGUACCAGACUGACCCCAAGGGAGUGAAGACUUUCGUUGAGUGGGUCCCCAAAUACGCUGGUGUCCUGCCAGGAGACACAUGCAAGCUGACCUGCCGCGCCAAGGGCACCGGUUACUACGUUGUCUUCUCUCAGAAGGUGAUUGAUGGGACAGAGUGCCGGCCCUACAGCAACUCGGUGUGUGUGAGAGGGAAGUGUGUCCGGACGGGCUGUGACGGGAUCAUCGGCUCCAAGCUGCACUUCGAUAAGUGUGGAAUCUGCGGGGGAGACAACUCUGGGUGCAUCAAGGUCAUUGGCAACUUCACUAAGAAAAGUAAGGGCUACACAGAUGUGGUGACGAUCCCAGCGGGUUCUACGCACAUCAAGAUCCGUCAGUUCAAGCCCAAAGACCAGCCACGCUACACCGCCUACCUGGCGCUCAAGAAAAAGAACGGCGACUACCUGGUGAAUGGCAAGUUCAUGAUCUCCACCUCGGAAAGUAUCAUCGACCUCAACGGCACGAUCAUGAACUACAGCGGAUGGAGCCAGCGCGACGAUUUCCUGCACAGCAUGGGCCCGGGCUCACUGCGGGAGGUCAUCGUCGUGCAGAUUCUGGCCACCGAUGCACGCCAGGCCCUCGACGUGCGCUACAGCUUCUUCAUGCCCAAGAAACUGGCCCCGCCAGCAUCCGCGACUCCCCAGGGCAAGGGACAAAAGGCACCAGCGCCACCACAAACCCCACAGUGGGUGACAGGGCCCUGGCUGGCCUGCUCUCGGACCUGCGACACAGGCUGGCAGACACGGACUGUACAGUGCCAAGACAGGCCCAACAAACUGGCCAAGGGGUGCCAGCUGAAGCAGAGACCCUCUGCCUUUAAACAGUGUCUGCUAAAAAAGUGUUGAAGCCUGUGGUUCCAAACUCUUUUUGUGUAUCAUAUUAUUGUUGUUAAUAUUAUUGUUAUUAUUUUUAUUAUUAUUGUCUGUUUUUUUUGUUGUCUUGUUUUUUUAACAAUGUGAGGGCUGUGACAGGGUGAUCAGACAAGAGUUCUGGAGUGCAGCUAAGCCUCACUGAUUCCAAACAGUAGUAGGCCUUGGUUUGAGUUUUUUGGGGAUUCAGCGGUGUUACAGUUUUGGCCACUGAAAACGUACUGUAUCAGUUGCUGCGUACCAGUGGUUUAGUCCACUUCAAGCAGACUAACUUCAGGACUAGAAAAUCCCAAUGCAGCGUACUAUUCAAAAGAUCCAGUUAAUUAGUUUAGAUGAUCUGAUCAAGUGGACCAAGUCAGACUGAUCAUGGGAACCAACCCAUAGAUGAGUAUAUUGAAAAUAAAAACCAGAAUCUUAGGUGAUUUAAAUAAUCAUUUUCUGGACAAAAUUUGGCACACUGCACUUGACUGUAUGUUGCACGUGUUCUACUGCACAUUGGCUAUAUUUUCCACACCACAGUAAUUGUGUGACGUGGGCAACUUGCCCUCAGUGGAAAAUCAGGCACAUUGCCUUCUAGACACAAAGUUAUCAAUUUUAUUUUUAUUAAAAAAUAAUGAAAAACACACACAUAUAUAGCUCUUAUUUCUUCAUAAUAAUCUAUUUUCUUCACUAAAGGUAGGCUUAGUAUUGAUGCUGUUUUGAUACUGAAUGGCUCUGCUUUAUUGGGGGUUUACUGCAUAGUUUGAGGAAUCUGACAGUAUCAAAAACUCAACGCAAGUGCUGCUGCCUCUCGGAUGUGUUAGUCUGAGCUGUGCUCCAGGUCGGACCCCCCUCAGCUGCAUUACCUUACUGAGAGACCAGCAGCGGUGGAAGCGAGACUGGAAAGCAGAGGAGGACACUUUAAGCAGACUUUUAUUCUCCUAGCUCUAACCGGAGCGCAGUCCAUCCUGUUAAGUAUUCCAUCUGACCAAAUGAAAGCAUGAACUGAUACUUCAAAUGGUCAAGAGAAAUAAUGGAGAUGGAUUAUUUUGUUUGUGUUUUAGAAAUAUCAAAGUGUUAGAAUAUGACAAUGUGUGCCCUGGAUAUCCUGCAAAUGCAAACCAGGGGAGAUUGGGGACAGAAAAGCAUGUAUGACCACCUCUCCCUCCAUGAACAUACAGACACGCACCACUACACGCAUAUCUCUCUACACCUAGGAAUAGCAGUGUGUACCAGCGAUUCUGCUAGUUUUUUCAGGAUUUCCUUUCAGGUGUACCUAUACAUAGGCUUUUCACCUUCACUCAAAAAUUAUAAUUGAUUCAUAAGAAAUUGUAUUUAUAUUUAGAAGCCUUUAGAAAUCUAAGACGGUAUUGCCACAAACUUAGGAAAAUUAUACAAGUGAUUUAGCAACUGUAGAUAUACACACACACACACACAAAAUCCAAGCAUUUCUGUCUGUGACGACACAAAGAUAACGCAUCCCUCACCCCUCCUCUCCCCCUUCUUCUCUGCUUUCCCUCAGUUAAAUUGUCUCCCAGAAGCUGUAUCUGCCAGCUUAAAGGUGGUCAUUUUAUUAGCCUGCAGGUAGAGAGGAUCUAAGCUCAAACACUCAAGAGUUCAAACAGAACACUUACUGAACAGGGCCUUCAUGAGGACCUAUCAGUGCACAACACCUACGUGCCAUUACUUACACCAGUAUUCCCAGUUACACCAGUUCACAACCAAUCAUUUCUCAUACUUGAAAUAUUAUUUUAAAUCAGUGACAAAAACCAUAAACGGGUAGCCUAUAUCGAUCUGGCACAAUCAGCUGUUUAUUUUCUUUUUUUAUCACAAGCUUAAUAUCCUAAGAGAAGGUGGCAUUAUACUCCUGAAAUACUCAAAGGAGUGCUGUCAUUUGAGUUCUGCUCACUAGAAACAAGCUUGCGAGUGUUUGAGUACAGACCACCCCCUUUCCUAUCACACUGCUCAAUCCAGGUCAUAGUCAGGUGUUUGGUGAGGUGACUGUUGUGCUAACCAGUCCCGUCAGAACUCUGGAGUCAGAAUGUUUUCAGUGUACAGAACUUGCAUGCAGCAGCCAGGUCUAGACAUGGGGAAGUGAUGUGGUUUUGAGAGACAGCCCUGAUGAGUUCAAGUACAGUUCAAGUGAGUUCUCAAAUUGUAUCGUUUGCAUAACGUUCCGGCUGCCCUGAUAGAUUUGUUGGUGUGUAACUCAGCAGGUUGAUGACACCAUUGUGAACUUAUUCACAUACAAUGGUUAUAUGUACUGGUUAAGUCAAAUGGAUGAAAAAGGUGUCACUGAGGUCACAGAAGGGUGUUUGUCCCCUUGUAUAAGAUUCACUUAAAAUCACUAGGAAGUUAACUAAGCUAGCGUUUUUUUCUCUGAUAAUGUAUUUCAGAUUCACUUGACAACCUUAACCAGGUUGUGUUCUACAGUACUGUAGCAUGGCACCCUCUCUGAUUAACAUACCAGCCCUAAUUGACCCAGACACACUGAUUGGUGGGCACAGCUCUGUCGCUCGAUCUCACACAGUACCAUUUCAACUGGGAAAGAGGUAGAGCAUCAGCAGUCAUUUAAUCUCUUGCUAUUCAAUUGUUAACUUUCUAUCAGGCACUUCUCACAGACAGCAAACACAGCCCCUCAUACUUCAGCCGUUUUCCUGCAGAAGGGGAGGGGGCUACUCUAGGGAAAGGAUGAACACAGCACUGAAAUAAUUUAUUGUUUGUACAACUGGUAUGUAAAAUCGAUGUGAUUAAAUAAUUUAUUAUUAUUA